AUGAUUUAUCAAUUUCAACAAAUUUUCGAUUAAUAAUCCUUAAUUCCUGGAUGCUCAUAUUUUAAAGAUGGGUAAUGUUUGAAAUGUUUUGAGGGAUGGAAUAUUUAAGAUUUAAGUAAUUAGUGUAAACCAAUUUGUGGAGAUAAUUUAAUAUAUGGAACUGAAGAAUGCGAUGAUGGAAAUUUAAGUCCCUUUGAUGGUUGUUUCAAUUGCAAAUUUUAGUGUGCAAAAAAUUGUAAAAUAUGUGAAUUUGGAAGAUGCAUUUAAUGUUAAUUUGGUUACAAGCUAAAAUCCUAAUAUUGUUAUCCUGUUUGUGGGGAUGCUUUGACUCUGGAUAGUGAAGAGUGCGAUGAUGGCAAUAUUGAAAAAUUUGAUGGUUGUUAUAAGUGCAACAAUAGUUGCCAAAUAGAAUGUAAGUUAUGUGUUAAUUAAUUAUGUUUUUAAUGUUAAGAUGGAUGGUAAUUAAUUAGUAAUAUGUGUGAAUAAGUUUGUAAUGACAAUCUGUUGGCAAUAUUAUCAAUUGAAUAAUGCGACAAUAAUGAUGAUAGUUAUUGUAAUGAUUGUGUAUAAUUAUGCUAAGACAAUUGCAUAUCAUGCCUUACAUACAAUCAAUGUGAAUUUUGCAGACAUCCAUUUGAAUUGGUUAAUGGAGUAUGUACAUCUAUCUGUGGAGAUUCAAUAGUGAUAGUUGGGUUUGAAUAAUGUGAUGAUGGAAAUGAUAUACAAUUUGAUGGUUGUUACCAAUGUUAAUUAUAAUGUUCAUUUGGGUGUAUUUUGUGUUAGAACAAUAAUAUUUGUGCAGAAUGUGACCCUUCACUUGCUAAAUUAAAUGAACGCACGAUGAAAUGCGAAUAAAUACAGGAUGAUAUACAAUUAAAUGAAGAGAUUGUAGAAGUU